UUUCUGCCAAUUUGUAAUUGUUUCCUAGGAAUCUCAACUGCCAGACUAAUCCUGGCCGUACAUAUUGUGCCUUUCAUGUGCUCGAUGCUGAGGUCUGACCGACAGCAAAAACAGAUCAUACUACUUCUAACUUUGGGCGCAUACCUGCCAACACUCCCGCAUUCUGCGGGAGGCUCCCGUUCCUGCAAACAUUCUCCAGCUGCCCCGCACAGCCCUCACAAUCCCCCGGAAUCAGCUAGCCCUGAAAGAAAUCUGAACAGCGCAUGCGCAAGUCCGGCCACCAGGGGAGCACAGUUUGGAGUGAGAAUGCAAAAUAGGUUGGGAAUGCAUGGGCAGGGGGCAUGGACAGCAUCGCGGAGAGCCAGCCCUGCAGAGCCUACGAGCAGCCAGUCACUAUGGACACCUUACCGCGCAGUGUCCAUCUCCAUUGGCCGUGGCAGCAGCAGCUUCUGAUCCCUCUGCCUCUCCCCUCUUGCAUGCAGACCUGCGGGCAGUGAGACAUCAUCUAGGAGGGGUGAUUGAUGAAUAAACUUGCUUGGUGGGACGAUUAACAGUCCGGGACGGCAGGGGAAUGCUCUUGCAAGGACAGACCCAGAGAACAUAUAUCACAGCCUUCAUGGAAAACUCUGAAGUAUCCACAAACACAACGUUCCAGCUGUAUCUUGUGACAUAUAAUAAGACAGCCUCAGUCACGGUCACAGUGUCCAAUCCGCACUUCAGCAAGACGGUGUUCAUUGAGAGGGAAAGCAGUGCACUGGUUGACUUGGACUACACAUAUAUGAUCACUGAAAGCCAAGAGACUUCCAAGGCUGUGCUGGUGACAUCCGACGUUGACAUAUCUGUCUUUGCUUUCUAUACACAUCGCGUUACUGCUGACGCCAUGGCUUGUCUUAGUCUUGAAGACCUGGGAACAGAGUAUUACAUAUCAACUACUGGACAAAGAACAGGCAAUCAAUUUGCCGUGGCCAACAGCCUAGAAGAAGUUGUCUCGGUGACUGUGACCGUCUCUGGGUCCAUCACCUUUAAAGGCAUCUCCUACUCCAUUGGAGAUUCCUUCUCAUUUCAACUUGAGUAUCAACAAGUCGUUCAGUUUAAAAGUGCAGAUGACCUCACAGGCACCAGGGUCUCCUCCACAGCCCCAGUGGCUGUUUUCAGUGGCAACAAAUGCUUUACUGGGAUCAGUAAUACGUGUGAUUCCUUGACCGAGCAGCUACAUCCUGUGAAGAACUGGGGGAGCUUUUUUGCUGUGUUUCCAUUGUUGAACCACAAUAAGGAUGUCAUUAAAAUUAUAUCUACAAGCUCAGAUACUACAGUGGAUAUUAAUGGUCCAAAGGGGGACACCCACCACAGUCUACAGAAGGGAUCCUAUAUCGAAAUCACUGUAGACAAAGGAAUGACUAUUAAGUCCACCAAACCAAUUAUGGUGACAUACAUCUUCCAAGAUUUUAUACCAGGAGUAGUUACAAUGUAUGACCCCUUUAUCACUAACGUCCCACCCUCAUUAGUCACAAGGUUGUAUUACAGAUUUGUAACACAGGCAAGAUACUACAACUUCCUCCUGAUUGUAUCCCAGGCAUCUGCAUCUGAUGGGUUCUACCUGGACCACCGCCAGAUCAGUUCAUACAGCGUUUCAUUGAAAUCUUUCAGUGGAUUCCAUGCUUGGGAAGUCUCUUUGGGUAAAACUGAUGGACAACAUGAAAUAUAUCAUGAGUCAAUGCCUUUUACAAUCUAUGUUUUUGGAAUUGAGAACUAUGUUUCCUAUGGAUACUCAAUGGGACAGGAAGCAAUAUAUGCAGCACCAACAGAAGACCAUAAACCUGAGGGCACACUAAGCUGUCUCUCUCAUGUAGCUGAAUACCAUCUACCCCUCAGCUUGGUGACUGAGGCCAAUCUCGAUGCAUCUGAUAUCCACCUGGAAGACCCUCUGUGCAAGGCGGAGCUGAAGGGAGAUGUCACUCUCAUUAAAAUACCGUUCAGUAGAUGUGGAUCUGAUGUCCUGAUUGAAGAUGGGAAGACAUACUAUGUAAAUACCAUCUACGGAACAAUCCCAGAGACCAGAGUACACCGCAUUGAGAUCCCAGUGAGGUGUGAAAUAGAAACCAAUGAGACCCUUGGGUUCCACUUUCACCCUAAAGUCACAGACGUGGUCUAUAAGAGUCACUAUAACGUGUCCCUGAAGCUCUAUCAGAACAGCGACUUUACCAACCUGAUUACCAGGUAUCCUUAUGCGGUUGACAUCCAUGGUCAUCUACACGUGGAGUUCAGAGUGGAUUCAGGUGAAACGGGGAUACAGAUACUGGCAGAAAACUGCAGGGCUUCCCCGUCACUGGAGGAUACAGAGCGGACAUACAAUCUCAUCCAGCACGGGUGUUCCAGCGACUCUACCUUGCAGACUCACCCAGUCUCAGACCACAGGCUACAACGCUUCAGUGUCCAUGUAUUUAGGUUUUACGACUUCCAGGAGGUUUAUCUGACCUGCAACGUCAUCAUCUGUCACAAUGAAACUUCUCCAAACCACUGUACACAAGGAUGCAACAUGCGGAGACACCGGCGUGAUACCCACAGCUCUGACAGACAGCGAAACUCAGCCAGGCUAUCUCAGGGACCUAUUCUGUUUAAGUCUGGUCAAAUCCAGGCGGAUCAUACUGUCCCAUCUUCCGUGCUUGUGGCUGUGGUUGGUGUUAUGGGCUUCUUGUCUGUGCUGGGGCUGGUGAUCCAAAAACAUCAUUAUAGGAGAAAUAAAUAUGUCCUGCUGGGAAAUGGGAAUGGGAACCACCAACAGUAAAACAGGACAGAAAAUCAGCAGACGUGGAAGAUUAAAUUAAGUUUUCACAGUAGUGAUUGUGUUAAUAUUUAAUAAGACGGAAUUAAUUAUAUUUCCACCAGCCAAUAAUAGUUACAAACCUGAUAUCUCUAUCCAGGGGACAAUUGGCCAUAAAGCUCCCCAGGAAGAUCUCCGGUAGGCCAACAUAUCUGUGGGGCCUGUUUUGUGUGUUGUCAUGUGGCCCCACCCCCCACAUGACAGGCAGCCCAUCACACUCAGUACACUGAAUUGUCCCUAUUCAUUAUGGUAUUCCAUAUCUGCAGUACAGCAACUCUGCCAUCUAGUGAUGCUGCCAUGCUUACACAGUAUGUUAGUAUGUCUUCAAACCUAAAAACGUUCUCUGAAAACUCACCUCUUCAGAAAUGCUUAUCAAAUUCCAGAACCGCCCACAUACUGUAACCUUCAUAAACUUUCUAUCCAAAUACAUCCCCAAUGUACAGUCCACACAUAUCCUCACAUAUUUUCUCUUUUAUCACUUUCCCAUCCUUCUGACCCUAGGCCAACAUGAGUAUGUGACCAUAUAAUAUAGCCCACCAAGAACCUUUGCAAUCUGGUAGAGCAUUAUGCAAAUGAUAACACCUAUCCUUGUGUAUCAAUGCCUAUUUCCCUAUAGAUUGUAAGAUUGUGAGCAGGGCCCUUCUACCUCUAUGUGUGUCUGUUAUUACCCAAUUUUGUUUUAUCAUUGUUGUUUCCAAUUGUAAAAUGCUAUGGAAAUUGCUGCUCUAUAUAAGAAACUGUGAAUAAAUAAAUACAAAUUUGAAAUACAUAAUGCACUAAAUGUCUUUAUAUUGCUACACUUGUGGUUACUUACAGAUACUAGUUCUGUUAUGUACAGUACCACCUUGUUUUAUUAACACCAUAUAUUGAU